AUGACAGCCCCUUUGCAAGCGGCCAAAAAGGACCUCCGUAAGAAAAUACGUGACGCACUGCGAAGAAUCCCCGCAGACUCACUCUCUUCCCAAUCCGGAGUCGCUACAAACAAGCUGUUUUCUCUGACGGAAUACGAGAAUGCCAGGAGAAUCGGAGUCUACUUAUCCAUGCCAUCCGGCGAGCUGUCUACCACGAGCAUCGUCCAAGAUGCUCUGAAAAAGGGUAAAGAGGUCUUUAUUCCUUACAUCUACACCGUCGAGCCGCCAGCCAUGCUGCCAAAGACGUCCGUGAUGGACAUGCUCGCUCUCGAGUCCAUGGAAGAGUUCGAGUCACUAGAGGCAGAUAAAUGGGGCAUUCCAUCACUCAAGAACGAUCAGGUCCAUGGCAAGAAGAACUGCUUUGGCGGUACUGGCCUCACCUUUCCUGCUGAAGAACAGACUACAUCGCAUGACAGCCAGGGUCUGGAUCUGAUCGUUAUGCCCGGCAUGGCGUUCGAUCAAGGCUUCCGACGUCUAGGUCACGGCAAAGGAUAUUAUGAUCACUUUUUGACCAGGUAUUCGACUAAAGCAGCAGACGGCAAAACAGUAGCAGGAGCACCCAAAAUGCCUUUUCUUGUUGCCCUCGCCCUCCAGGAACAAAUGCUUCCCCUGUCCGAAGAAAUCCCCGUUACACAUCAUGACUGGCCUAUCGAUGCCCUCGUUGUUGGUGAUGGAAAGUUCUUCGUCCGCCAGCGUUGA